AUGGGUUUGUUCCGGCGGCAUUUCUUGCUCUUUGGGGCUGCUGCCUUUCUGCUGGGGGGCUCUCCUGGCAGCUCCUCCUCACACUCCCUACUCUAUUUCUACACCUGGGUAUCGGAGCCCAGCCCCAAGCUGCCCCGCUACGUCAUGGAGGGCUAUGUGGACGACCUGCCCAUCAAACGCUACGGCAGUGACACACAACGGAUGCUGCCUUUAGCACCCUGGACGAAUCAGAGCCUGAACCAAAACUACUGGGAUAAAUAUACCUGGGUGGCAAGAAAAUUGGACAAAAGCGCCCUGAUCCACGUACAGAAGUGUCAACGCUACAACUGGAGCACAGGAUUUCACACCUUCCAGGCCAUAUAUGGCUGCGAACUCAGUGACAAUGGACAUGAGAGUUCACAUCAAUUGAGUGCUUAUGAUGGGGUUCAUACUAAGAGAGUUACUGGCGUAUUCCACUAUUACAUUUGGAUUAGGAAAUUCCGAGACCUGGGCCUCGGCUGCACUAGAUGGCUACAGAUGUACCUGAAUGAUGGGAAGGAGGCUCUGGAGAGGAAAGUAACCCCAGCCAUGAAGGUGGCACGUAAGAUGGGCAAUGAUGGCUUGGAAAGUCUCAUUUGUCGGGCUUAUGGAUUCUACCCCAAGAAGAUGAAUGCUACUUGGAGGAAAGAUGGGGAGGCCUGGGAGCGGGAGACCUUCUCCGGGGGCAUUCUCCCAAAUUCAGACGGAACCUACCACACCUGGCUCAGCAUCAGGAUUGACCCCCAGGACAGGAAACGCUACCGGUGCCACGUGGAACACGCCAGCCUGAUGGAGCCUCUGGACGUGGCCUGGGAGGAGACGGCCCUGUCAAUGCUGCCAUUUCUGCAGAGCCCCCCCAUGGUGAAGGUGGUACGCCAGGCAGUCAGCGGCAGCUUGGAAACCCUCGUUUGCAGUGCGAAUGGCUUCUACCCCAAGGAGAUCAACAUUACCUGGCGGAAGGAUGGGGAAGUAUUGCAGCAGGAGAAAGACUGUGGGAGCAUCAUGCGCAACUCAGACGGGACCUACCGCAUCUGCAUCAGCAUUGAGAUUGACUCCAAGGACAGGGACCGCUACCGGUGCCACGUGGAACAUGCAAGCCUUCUGGAGCCUCUGAUUGUGGUCUGGGAAGAGUCUGGUGAGGAAUUGCAUGGGCUGGGGUGGGUGGGUUGGAAAUAG